CAUCGAGGUUUACAACAAAGGAGUGUAUGAUAUGACAGAUGGCGCAUAAAAACUAUGGCUGUGACAAAUGGCCAUGUCGUGGCUCCAAUGAAAAAUGCGUUACGUGGACGCACAGGGCGCCGUCCGACAUGCUUCUUACCAUUCUCUGAAGCCCGCAAUGUCGUGCGGGCGGAAAAUCUACAGAGCGUGGAAGAGUGGUGGAAAUGGGUCAAGAAUAACAAGGCCGAUGUAGUAGAACGUUGGGGGCUCCCUGUUCCGACGAAUCCGCAGCGCAUUUACAGUGGCUGUGGAUGGGUCGGUUUCCGCGACUUUCUCGGCUAUGGGCGAAAGCGGCUGAAACACCCCGGACUGCAGGAAAAUGUGCCACAGGCAUUCCCGGGACAGGAGCGCUACGCGCAGCGAGUCGCCGCUGUCGACUUCUUUCUCGAGGAGAUGCGUCAAGACCCCCCUUACUCGAGGGCACGGUCGAAGCCAAUAGUAGACUUCCGGUUAUUACCAAUUUCUUGUCGAGCUCCUUUGCUUUACCGCAUCAGGAAUUCUGAUUUCAGCGAAAGUGAAUGCGCAGAUUCAUGGUCGCCUCUUCUGUUACGGUCUGCAAAGGGUGGAGCUGGGGGUUCGCCUCCAGACGAUCAGCACUACGUGUUCUGGCGGUGUCGUGACAAGAACAGUCGUGUUUCGCGGCGUACGCUGACAGAUGCCACCUGCAUGGGUGCGUCGAAGCCUAGUCCUUCCGACGGCAACACCUCCAACUCGCAGCUUGGGCUUGCCACGGCCGCUGCAUCUCGAUAUUUUCCGCUGAUCUGUGUGGUUCCAGAUGAUCGAAAAUUUAUGUCAACUCCGUUGGCGUGGUCAGUUGCGCAGCCACGAAGACCUGCAAAUGUUGCAGUAUCCAAAGGCGCGACGACUUCCGCCGAAGAGUUGAGGAAGAUGCUACACGAACACUGGAAUAGCCCGAACUGUUUCAGGAUGUCCCUUUCGCAAAGUAUCACUGCAUUAAUGGCAGGCGUCGAAACUCGUGCUCGCUGUGAGGCUUUAAUGCGUAUCCGGGAAGACUUCUAUGAGCCUGCGGGAUUGACGUUCGAGUUUUCCUCGGCCGAACAGACGGCAGCUGGUCCCUACAACAGUUUCGUUGGUCCAUAUCGAGUGCUGCAUCGAAAAGCUACGUCAGACUAUCGGGUAAAGCAUCGAAAAUCAACGUCCGACGAUCGAGAAGCUGAGUCGCUGAAGAGGUAUGGCGCUUUUCGCGCGCAUCUUGAGACUGCUCGCUGCCCAGGAUUCAUUUUUGGAGGCAAGAGGAAAAACAUUCAUUGUGUCGACUUUCUUGUCAUUUUCCAUGGUGCAACCAGGACUUCGAAUGUGGACGGAAUCUGGGUGAUUCCAAGAUCGGCAAUUAUUCAAAACAUCUGCCCGGCCGAUGAAUCAGCAGUGUCCUCCAUGUCUAUGUACCUUCCGGAUAUGGAGCUUCGAAACUGCAGCGCACGAGUAGCCCUCGAAUGGCAAACACGUUUCUACAUUGAUUUGGGUGACCGGUCACUGCUUUCUGAGCAGCAGAGCAAACUAAAACAAAUUUUCCAAGAAAAUGGAAGUGAGUGCAAACAAGUGGCUGUCAAAACUUAGUCUUGAGCCGAAGUUUUACUUUUUUUGAAUUCAGCUUGGUUUUACAAAAUAACUCUCCUUUUUCGUCUGUUGUCUGUGAAACGUAUCAACC